UCAUUAAAGUUAUGCUUAUCAAAAGCUUCUAAACUGAACUUCAACAAUGUCAUAUUGUUUUAUUAUGAUGAGAAGAAUUGUAUUCGUGUACUUCGUAUGUGUUUCUCUAGGUUUAAUUCGAUUUGUCGCUGCAUUUCGGGACAACAGGGACUACGAUGCUGAUAUGGACGAUAGAUCGGAUGACCUGCCUGAAGACUGGGAAAACCGUAUCGAUCCGGCCACCAUGAAAGCGCAUUUAUCGGAAAUAAACAGUCAUAAACCAUUGAAAAACGACAUUAUGUUUGCCGAUGCUAGCGUUGGAUUCGGUGUUAAUGAUACCGCAGGGAACCAGUCGCAACAUAUAAAGUUAUGGGGAAAUGGAAAAGUUCCUUAUCAUAUAAGCGAGCUUUUUGGAUCGCAAGACAAGUCUCUUAUCCACGAAGCUAUACAAGGAAUUGAGCGUAAGACUUUACGUUGUGUGACUUUCACUGCGAGAAGGACAGACGAGGACUAUAUUCACUUCAAGCCAGGAGACAAUUGUUCGUCGUAUGUUGGUGUUCGCGGAGGCAUGCAGCCGCUGUUUCUGCAUCCUGCCCGGUGUAUGCAGCUAGGAAUAGUGCAGCACGAAAUCCUGCACGCCCUCGGUUUGUUUCACGAACACAGUCGGAAUGACCGCAAUGCUCGUGUGAUUAUCUUCGAAGACGAGAUUAUGGAAGGCUAUGAAGCCCAGUAUCGUGUCAUUCCUAACAUGCCCACUUUUGGCACAGCCUACGAUCUAGAGUCGCUCAUGCACUACGGGCCGUUUGAUUUUGCUAAAUCGGUGGACCACCCGGUCAUAAUUCCCCGAUAUGACGGUAUAUAUCGCAUGGGGCAACGCGAGGGUUUAAGCGUGCGAGAUGCUGCUAAACUUCGCAAUGCUUAUAGAUGCGAAGUUGGCUGGGAAGAUCAGCAGGCCGAGGAUCAGGAGCGGUUGUUUCCCGGCUUUUCUGUAGAACCUAUGAAAGCCGAGCAGUGCGCGCUACAGUUUGCUGAUUACUGUGGCAUUCCGCAGUACAACAGAGAAAACUGCACGCGUCAGGCUGUUUUGGCUAUCAACUGCACCCUGACAGCCAACGAGACUAAUUUACGGGCCAUGGCCACUGCGAUGGGACACCGCCAUUACGUCCUAUACUUGUGUCGCUCUUCGACAGGCGAAUCACCAAAGAUGCACUGA